CAGCCUGUUUCAGAAGAGGUUCAUAGAUGGAACUUGUCCCCAUCCGAAUUCCGAAAUCCGAAAUCCGAAAGAAGAAGCUCACCGGACCCGUUCCAUUCACCGAUUCAGCGGGUAGCCCGCACCGCCCCGCACCGGCCGUUUGACCCGUCAAAUAUCAUCCAGUCGUCGCUCGCUUGGCCCUCGGGACGGGAUCCUCAGGACCGAGAGUCGCGUCCGAACCGGCCUGGCUGACCCCACCUCCCCUGGGCUCGCGAUUCAUUAAAGGUGUGACGCAUCCACCCACCUAGCCCAACGCUCGCUGGCUGGCUGGCUCGGCUGGCUCGGCUGGCUCGGCGGUGACCAGCAUGGCGGGCAAGCGAGCCCGGCCAUUGAGCUCGGAGCUCGAUCCAGACCAACAGUCCGAGGGUCAGCCCCAGGAUGAAGAGGGCGUGGCGGCCAAAGCGGCCAAGUUGGAUUCGAGUCUGGACCGCUCAUUUGAGUCUAGCUCCGGAUCUUCUUCCUCCGAAGACGACGACAACGAUGACCACGACGACGAGUCCGGAUCCAGCUCUUCGGGCUCGAGCUCCGGGUCCAGCUCGGGGGACGAGACCAGCUCGCCCGGGCCCAUGCCCACGUUGCCGCCCAUGACUUCGGACUCGGCCCGGUCCACGCCCACCCGAUUGACGCGACGGUUGGCCGGCCUAGAGUCUGCCACGGAUCCCGCCGCUUAUGCCCGUCAAAUCAAUAAUUUGGGCUUGAAUCUGAGUGAUACCGAGAGUCAAUUUAAUCUCGAUCCCUUUCUGAAUCAAGGCCAGGGCCCCAUGGACCCGUGUUGCGUGGCCGAGGAGGGCGAAGAGUCCAGCCCGCAUCACGGGGCGGCCGAUGUAUGCAUUGAGGGCGAUCAUGACAACGAUCUGUCCAGUUUGGUCUCGGAUAAUCUCUCGUCCCAGCUGUCGUCCCGCGUGGCCAGUCCCAACACCCGCGCUCAAUCGCUCGAGGACCUCGAGGAGGAGACCCCCACCCAACCCAUCGCUCUCCCGGUACCCUCACCCCCGCCCCCGCCGCUCCCGCAGGACCUGACCCUGGCUUAUUCGGCGGGCAUUCCACCACCCCCGGGGCCCCCCACUCCCCACUCGAUCACCGUCAAAGAGGAGCCGUCGGCCGCGGUUCCACCACCCUGUCCGACCGCGCCCUCGAAUUUGAGUGAUCUCGAGGAUAGAAGAAGUCAAUUUGAAGACGAGGAAGAAGGGAUGGAACGAGAUGAACACGAGGAAGAGGACGUGGAGGACGACGACGACGACGAAAUGGAUGAUGAAGUGUUGCACAAGCUCCUGGAUGAAACUGCAAAUUUGGCCCAUCAGAAGGAGCUCGAGGAAGAAGAAAUCGUGCCCAAAGAGGAACGGCGAAGGUCCAUUUUGAUAGAAAAAGGCUUGAAGAAUAAUUUCGAUGUUUUGCCUAGUGGAUGGAUCAAAGUGUGCCACUCAUCCGGCUUCCCCGUGUACCUUCAUCGUGAAUCUCGUGUCGUGACCUUGAGUCGACCAUAUCAUAUUGGAGCGGGAAGUGCCAGAAAGCAUUUCAUUCCCGUGGAUUCCAUCCCUUGCCUGAACUACAAGCGAGGCUUAGAGGAAGAGGGCAAGCUCAAAGAAAAAGCCAGGUUAGCUGCUGAACAAGGUCAAGUGAGCUGCCCCAAUUUGCCCCAAGCCAAGAUUGAAACUCAAAAGGAGGCGGCUCAAACCAAUUCCGUGAGUCCGGACGAAUUCAAGCAAUAUUGCAGCAACCUAUUCCAGUUCAAGGAGAUCAGUAUCAAACGCUUUAAGUCUUGGACCGAGCGACGAAGAUACAUGAAGCAAACCUCCAGGAAGCAACUUCAAAAGGCCAUAGAUGCAACCAAAGAAGCCGAGGCCGAAGCCGAGGCUGAAAAACUGUCCGAAUCCAGUGUGGGUAAUAGUAAUAGUAAGGGUCCGAAGAAGAAAGCUCAAUCGCGACCAACUUUACCCUCGGGGACGGCCAUCAUUUCCAUUCCGGUGGUAGAACUUGAAAAAGUCGAAAAUCAGUCUGAGGAUACGGCCUUAAAUCACCGAGUGGUAAAGAAGACCAAAAAGGAUUGGCUCUUGAAUCCACAGGGCAAAUCAUACGUUUGCAUUUUACACGAGUACAUUCAACAAAGUUUGAGAACUCAGCCUCAUUACUCCUAUUGUGAAGCUCAAUCAUCCACUACACCCUACCAAUGCACAGUAAACAUCAACGGUAUUGAAUAUGGGACUGGCGUUGGAGCGUCCAAGAAAACUGCCAAAGGAGAAGCAGCUAAGAAGACCUUGGAAAUUCUCAUCCCAGACAUUAUUCACAAGAUUGAAAAGACCAAAACAACGCCCAAGGACCACUCUGAUUUGGAAUUUUUUGACGAUAUUCGAGUGGACGAUCCCAGAGUGUCGGAUUUAUGCAAUAAGGCUAGCGAGCCAUCGCCUUAUGGCAUCUUGACAACGUGUCUGCAACGGAACUACGCUCUGGGGGACACGAACAUCCACAUGGAAUUGAAACCCAUGCGAUUUCAGAAGAACGAGUUCAUCAUGCGAGUCAAUAACCGGGAAGUCAGCGUGGUAUGCCGGACCAAAAAAGAUGGAAAACAAUUGGCUGCUCAAAAGCUCCUUCAGCUUCUCCACCCAAACGUGACAUCUUGGGGCGCUCUCUUAAGAUUGUAUGGAAGUCGAUCAGCCGCAUACUUAAAAGCUAAACGUGAAAGGGAGACUGAGAUCACUGGUUUACAAUCUCGAAACUCAUCUCGUCCCAUGCCCAGUCUGGCCAUUUUGGAGAAGUUAAAAGAGGAGAUGAGAAGCAUCGCUCAACGGAAGAAGGAAAUGCCAGACAGCGAAAACAAUGUAGGCAAAUUUUUGCCUCCAAUUGGUUCCUUGGAUGUGCCCAUUGCUCUACCAAAUUCAGAGCUCAGUCGCAUCGCUCUCUAAACACACUCUGAAACGUAAUGAACUCAUUCCACUAAUGUGGCAUUUUUUUAAGAAUGUUUUCGGUAUGUGUGCCAUCAAAAGGUAAAUACAGUUAGUAAUGCAUUCCCGGAAAGCA